AAACUUGGUAAAGGAUAGUAAACGAUGUGACCUCUUAUUGAUAAAUCUAUACAAAAGAAAAGAAAGGAAAGAUAAAAAAAGGGAACGCAAAGGAAAGAAGAGAUAGAGAGUCAAAGUAUCCAGAUCACCACCCCAGGUUCCAGCACUGUCUCAGGUCUGGUGACCUUGGGUGGUGGGUGCACCCGCAGCCAAGUUUUGUCACCUUUCAAAUUCAUCUUAACAGCUGAUUUACAUACUAGACCAAGCGAGGCAGGUAUUUCACGGACUCAUUUCCAUGAGAAACAAGGGAAAGGUGGAGCACGGGUCCUGCACGUGCGUUGAGGGGGAAUGGGGUCCACCAACCCCCUCUUCCAAUCGAGUCAGUGAUUGUGCUCCCCCCCACACACACUUUUACCUUUUCCUGUUCUUAUUUCUUGGGCCUUGGCUCCAUCAAGUGCUGGUUGCUUACCUCUCUUAUCAACCUUUUAACCCAAACACAUGGUUUCACUCAGUCCGCCUCUCCCACCUUUGAGGCUUAUCUAGGAAAUACAGAUUAUUUAAGUGAUACAAGUGGAGCCAUGUGCCCUUCGAUAAGUGCUGCGCUUCCUCGGGCAGCGGUCCUUCGACGAAUCACAAAGGCCACAACUUGUCAAAGUUUUCUGCGUCGAUGAAUGUUUGAGGCAUUAACUCCAGCCCCUUACUGCAAUGCUGGGCAUGCAAUGCUGGCAUGGGUGGCUGUCCUCGCACGGGGGGGUGCCGGUGAUGUCCCCAGGGGGGACAAGGACCAGGAGUGGCUCCCCGGGGCCCCACAGCAGGGUGGUGGCUCUGCGGGGUGACAGCACCCCUGGGCGCCGCAGCCGCAGAUUCCCACUGUCCCAUGUCACCCACCCCGGCCUGCUGCCACCCCCCACCUGCGAGCCAGGCCCUGGCCACAUCCUUUCCCUGCCCGCAAGCUGCAGGAGAGCAGACGUGGAGCACCAGGCCCUGCGUGCCACCGUCCCAUCAUGGGGACACGGCACCAGGACCGACCCAGGGCGCCCAGUGCAAGCACUGGGAUCCUCCUCCAUCACCCCACCGGCGAGCGCCGGCACCCGCAGCCCACCCUGCCUGUCCCCAGGGGACUCAUUCCCGAUGCCCACCGUGCCGGGGGCUAUUUUGGGGUGACAGCCAGUCCUGGGGGGAGCACCAGGUCCCAGCACGGGGUGGGGGGCCAGUGUCCCAGGCUUCACCCCUGUCCGUCAGCAACCAGCAACAAUAGCCCUCCCACAAACAGAAGCUGCAGCGUGAUAACCCAGCGAGUUCGAGGCAUCCGGAGAGGCAGGAAGGAGCCCAGCAGAAGGAAAUAUUAAAUACAGCAAUAUAAACACAGCAGCGAGAGCGAGCUCCGCCCUGGCGCGGCCCCGUUGUAAAGGGGCUGCCGUGGGGUGGGGUGCGCAGAGCGUCGGUGGGAUGGAGAAGAGCAGCUACGCCAUGGCCAAGUUUGGUUUGGAAGCCAAAGAGGCGCUACCCAAGCGGGACUGCGGGUUUUAUGUGAAGUACAUCUUCCUCUUCACCUCCCUCAUCCAAUUCCUCAUCAUCCUGGGGCUGGUGCUGUUCAUGGUGUACGGCAACGCGCAGGCGGGCACCGACACGCACCUCCGGCUGCUGGAGGAGCAGCUCCAGGACCGCUACAACAAGAUCAUCACCCUCAGCGGGAGGAACAUGAACCUGACCCGCAGCCUCAACGCCACCCUCAAGGAGAAGCAAAACUUGCAGGUCCUCGCCCAGAAGGUGCAGCGGGAGCUGGAUAAAUGCAACAGCACCCAGGGUCCCAACCCCAACGCCAAGGAGAUGAUGGAGUUCAUCUUCUACCAGAAGAUGAAGCUGGAAGAGUGUCACACGACCACGAGCUUCAUCAACACCAGCUGCAGGGCUGAGAAGAUGCUGCUGCGCAGCCAGUUGGACCAGACAGCCCUGGGCAAGAAGGAGCUGGAGGAAAACUGCCGCAAAGCGGGUGCCGCGCUCACCAAAGCCACCCAGGAGCAGGAGAGCUGCCAGCGGGACCUGGUGUCCACUCGGACCAUCUGCGAGUCCACCAAAACCAACCUGGAGCUGCUGAAGCACGAGUGUGGCUCCCUCAGGUCCGACCUGAGCUACUCCUUACAGCGCAUCAAGGAGAUGCUUGGCCCGUACAGCUGCAGCGCCGUGCACGAGCAGCUCAGCCGGUUGAUGCAGAGGACAGAGGGGCUCUUCCUCUGGCAGCAGGAACGGGAGACCAAGUACGUGGCGAAAAGCUUCUGUGACAUGAACCUGCUCCAGUGUGGCCUCGACUGCUCCAGGGAGAAGCAGGAGUUGGAGAAACGGCUGCAGGACGUCGAGAAACAGGUCAGGGGAGGGCAGGAGGAGAAGAAGAAGCUGCUGGGGGAGAAGGAGCAGCUUGGCAAGGAGCUGGAGGAGAAGAGCAAAGCCGCCGCGCAGGCGGGGUACUUCAAGGAGCAGCUCAACAUCUGCAUGGGCUCGAAGAUGGAUGCCUUCUUCGGCAUCACGGGCUCACGGGUGCCGGGGAGCAGCGGGCAGCUGGGACCCCUCACCAGCACGGGCUCCUACGUAGAUGCUCUGAGGAAUCAGGGCAUCUUCAGGAACAUGGGUAAAAUCAGCACAGAAGAGAUCCAGCGGAUGGUGCGGAGGAUCAUGGAGCAGUACACGUCCACCCUGCAGAACCCCAGCGGCUAACGGCCAAGCAGCGCACGGAAAACGGCAACGAGGACAAGCCCAGGAGGUGCUUCCCGCGGCACGGAUGGCAAACCCCGACCGGGAACGAGCGGCCGGCACCCCUGUCAUCCCCCCAACACCCCAGGGGGGGCCACCAACGCGGCGGGAGCCAGGGCCACCCACCCCUGUCCCCUUCCCUGAGCCCCCAUCCUUGUGUGCGUCCCCCCGUGCAUGUACCCGUAUGCUUGGAGAUGGGGCGGUUGGCAGCUGUAAAUAAAUACAGCCGGCCCUGAGCACCGACA